AUGGCAUUCCUCUCAUAAAGUAAGAGGGCGAGGAGGGGCGGGAAGAAGGGGGGCGAGAGAGAGAGAGGCAGAGGAGCGGAGUUAAAGCUACAGGAGGCCUGAUCCGUGCAAGAACCGGGCUUCCUCCUGCGUCGGGGAGGAGCGAAAAUUUUGCGUCCCACCGACGGCGGGGAGGUUUGGGGAAGGCGCUCGCUCCCGGGGCGGACCUUGCUCUUGCAGUCGCCCCACCACCAGCAGCACCCAAGCAGAAGGGCACCCACCCACCCAGCCAAGCACCCAGAAGUGGCUGAUCGCGGCCGUCCGGGCAGCCUCCCGCGAUGGACGCGGUGCAAGCGGAGAAGAGCAGCGCGUACGUUUCGCCGUCCAGCCCCGACGGGCCUCUGGAUCGCGGCAGCCCCAGCCCGGUGCCGUCGUCGGGCAGCCGUAGCCCCAGUUUGCAGCCGGGACCGACGGGGGCUCCGGGAGCUCCGGGCGAGGCGGUCCGCGACAGCUCUCAAGUGAACGCCAUCACGGUGCUGACUCUUUUGGACAAGCUGGUCAACAUGCUGGACUCGGUGCAGGAGAAGCAGCAGAAGAUGGAGCAGCGUCAGGUGGACCUGGAGGGCUCCGUCAAGGGCAUCCAGAGCGACCUGAGCAAGCUGUGCAAGCAGCACACGUCCACCAGCAACACGGUGGCCAAGCUGCUGGAGAAGUCGCGCAAGGUCAGCGCCAACACGCGCGAGGUGCGAGAGCGCAUGGACCGCCAGUGCGCGCAGGUGAAGCGGCUGGAGCACAACCACGCGCAACUGCUGCGCAGGAACCACUUCAAAGUGCUCAUCUUCCAGGUAGGUCGGGGGUGGGGGAUCUGGAGAGAAAGGGCCGGGGGUCUGGGGACAGGGGUGCCAACUCGAAUAAAAUAUUGGCAGCACCCCCUAGGCAGUCAAACUCUUCCGGGGGGCGGGGUUGGGGGGCUUGCAAAUAAUCUCCUAAAACCAAGAAAGCUUGAUUGCACUUUUCCUUCGGGAUCAAAUCAAUAUUAUUUUGAUCUGUUGUCGUGGGGCCCCUAAAAGUCCCCAUAAACUGGUUCCUACUCUAUUUGGCAAGCUGGCACUGGGGGGGGGGCGGGUAAGCCCCACCCCACAUAAUUGAUUUCAAGACGUGGCACAUGGACACCAUUUGAAUGGCAAUGCCCAUCAAUUUGGGGGGGGGGGUUCAACACCCGCAAAUACUUUAUGGGGGAGACGAAGGAACCUCGGCCCUCGGAGUUGGCUCCUGUGGGUGGGGGUGAGACGAGGGGAGAUUGGGGCCGCAGGGACAGGCUCGCCCCGGAGAAAUGUUCGGCCAGCCGCUGUUCAGCAAUUGCCAGAGACCACCGAGGCAGGGUGGUGCAAUGGUUAGAGUGCCUUUCUACCCCGGGCAAAACCCAGGUACCAGUUUUCACUGGAUCAUCAAGUGUGCUGGGCAAGCCUAGGCCAACCACUAUCCCUUAACUUAGCUGUUUUUUGGACUACAAUCCUCAUCAUGCCUAGCUUGUGGGACCAGUGGUUGGGGGUGAUGGGAAUUGUAGUUAAAAAAACUACUAGAGUCCCAAGUUUGGGAAACACUUCCUUAACCUGUUUCCUAAAAGUCAUAUGCCUCUUGGCUGUAGAAAACCUCAUAGAGGUUUACAAAAACCUAACCUAACCUGCGACGCCCUGAUUUCUUUGAAGGAAAUGUGGAAUAUUAACUAGUCAUCCAAGCAGUCCUUUUCCUGCCAUACAGACUGUAUUCAUUUAUCAUUGUGCUUUUCCUACUCUCUCAUCCCCUCGCCAUUGCUUGCACACGCCAAGAUCUGGCCAAAAGAAAAUAUUUGCCGGUGGUCAAGUCUUGCUGGGAAACCCAUUGCAGCAGGAAUCCCACCAGAUGUGUGCUGUGGUUACCAUCAGCACAUGCUCAGAGGCACAGUCCUGAUGGUUGCCUCACAGGUUCCAGGUUUGAGUCUAGACAAGAAAACAGGAUCCUGAGGCCAUGGUAAGCCAAGGCUGAAACUCAGCCUUGCCAGUUUUCAGUGCUUAAAGAUCAUGCCUGCUGCAUGCCAUACUCACAAAACUGAAAUUGGUAUGAAUCAUCAGAUCUGUGUUCCCAAAUUCCACUAAGCAAACACAGGUCUUAUUUAUGUAGUCUGGAAAAAAUGAUCCGUUAGCUGCUAGCCCUGUGAUUGGUGCUGCCGAUGGAACACACCUCCCACUAAAUCCUACCUAGUUCCUUUGCAGCAAAUGAUCCUCAGCUCCGAUAUGCAGCUAAGCCAGCAAAACAGUCCUAGAGUCUGGUCCUGUGCAUGUUUACACAAAACUAAAUCCCACUGGGUCUUACUCCCAAGUGAAUUAUGCACAGGACUGGAGCCGCAAAUGCAUCUUUGCUUGAGUUCAGUGAUAAAUUGUGUUUUAAAAGUAGAUGAACCUCUCUUUCAAAAACUGGCACGGCAUCUGCUAUAUGGUUAGUUUUAAAAACAACCAGCAACAACCACAACCACCACUUCCCCAGUUUCUAUGCUUUUUCUGUCUGCGUAGUUCUGCCAGUGGUCAGCAGAUAUCGAAGUAUCGGACUGCUCCACCCUCCAGAGAAAUAAGAUCAGGAGUUUGCAUCGAACUUACAAACAGUUAUCCAUGCUGUUGUUACUUGGAAAGCAGAAGUGAAGAACCUGUGGCUCACGGAUGUUCCCGGUCUCCCCCUGCUUUGCCAUUGGCCAUGCUGAUCAGGAUUGAUGGAUGUUGUAGCCCAACAACAUUCAGAGAGCCACAGGUUCCCCACCCCUUCCUGCAAAGCAGUCGCCAUUGAAAAAUCCAUAGUCCUGGCAUGGGUUCAAGCCUCACCCUCACCUGUUUUGCAGCAAGGCUUUCUUUGUGACAGUGCUCACCUGUACAGAGCAUCGCACCCUCUUCUUUUUGCUGCCCACGGGGGUCAUUUUGUUCUGGUACUCCCAGCACUUUUAUCAAGAUAUGAGUACAGGGCACCUUAUUUAAUUUUUUUAAUAUUAAAAAGAGAGAGAACACGGUAUGCAUGUGUAUACUUAUCAGCUUAAAAAACAGUCUCACCUAGCUCCUGGCUGUUAAAAAGUAGUUAAUGGACUUUGCCACCCCGAGCAAAUUCUUCUGGCUUCUCUACCCCACUCCGUCCCACCCCACGGGUUUAUGCAUUGAGCCGGCCUAAGCUUUUCCCGUCGCUCUGCAGCCGUCGGUGCCUGUUGAUAAAGCCUCGUUCUUCAUUGUGUGCAAAACUUGAGCUCUGGUUUCCUGGGCAUCUGCCUCCAAUUUGAUGUUGCUAAAUAUAUUAUGCUGCAAUAUAGACAAUCCAGUAAGGUUUUGAUUUGUGGGCCUGCAAAGUAUAUCAAGUGCUCUCCUCCCAAGAUCUGUCUUUCUCCCUGUGCUAAAGCAUCUUCCUCUUCAACAGCACUUACCAUAUUUUUUGUUCUAUAAGACUCACUUUUUCCCUCCUAAAAAGUAAGGGGAAAUGUGUGUGCGUCUUAUGCAGCGAAUGCAGGCUGCGCAGCUAUCCCAGAAGCCAGAACAGCAAGAGGGAUUGCUGCUUUCACUGUGCAGCGAUCCCUCUUGCUGUUCUGGCUUCUGAGAUUCAGAAUAUUUUUUUUCUUGUUUUCCUCCUCCAAAAACUAGGUGCGUCUUGUGGUCUGGUGCAUCUUAUAAGGCAAAAAAUACGGUACUUUUUGUUGUUGUUGUAGAACACGAAUGGGACAUCUCAGGCCUCUGGUCCAAAUGUGGAAGCCCUCUUAAGCUUCUCUGUCUGUCUCCCAGGCUCCAAAACCCCCUGGAAUGUUUUUGCCUGGGUGGAAUGUCUUUGAACUGUGAUAAUCACAGAAUCAUAGAAUUAAAGGGAGCGCUGAGGGUCAUCUAGUCCAAGCCCAUGCAAUGCAGGAAUCUCAACACAUAUUCUCCCAUCCAGUUGGAAACCAGGCCAGACCCUGCUUAGCUUUGCAAAUGUGCUAGCUAGUUUCAUUGCUACACCACUAGCAUGAUGCCUCUCGCUUGCCUGGACAGGGGAUAGAGAGAUCCAGUGGGCAGGUGUAGAAACUUAUCUACACUACAAAAGUGAAAUUUCCUUUCAUUGCUCUGCCCACUUUCCCCUCUGGCCACGCCCAGUUCUGGCAUAUGUUGCCCACCCUCCAAUGCCACUCUCAGGCUGAAAAAUGUCUCCCACCCCCGCUGUAGCCUGCUCCUGUGGAGCUAGCUUGGACAGAGGAACGUUUUUGCCUGGUGCCUAAAAGUGUAUAAUGAAGGCACCAGGAGAACCUCCCUGGGGAGAGCAUUCCACAGAUAGGGAGCCACUGCAGAGAAGGCCCCGUUCUCACGUUGCCACCCUCCGUACCUCUGUACCUCUCAGGGAGGAGGCACACGAAGGAGGGCCUCAGAAGAUGAUCUCAGGGUCUAUAUGCUGCCUGACCUCCAGGAACGCAAGGUAGCAUGUGUGUGUGCGCAUGCAUAUUUUCCAUUCUGUUUACCCUCACCACAACAACCCUGUAAAGUAGGCUAGGCAAAGAUGUAAGGGUGCUUCAGCGAGUGUGCAGCUUGUGCACGCAAACAGUAGAGCUGUGCACUUGUGCAAUUAUUCACACGUAGCGUUCAAAGGGUGCACAGCGUGCUUGAGAGAAGUAAUGCAACGGGUGCGCACUCUUGUCCUUGUGUUCAGUGUGACAUGUGAACCAGGUUGCUCAGUGAGAUUCAGAUGUUGCUGAACUACAACUCCCAUCAUCCAAGGCCAGUGUCCAUGCUGUUUUAGGGCUGGUGGGAGUUGUAGUUCAACAACAUCUGGAGGGCCAAAGCUUCCUCAUGCCCUAAUUGCUACAUUAAAGGUAAAGGACCCCUGACAGUUAAGUCCAGUCGUGAACGACUCUGGGGUUGCGGUGCUCAUCUCGCUUUACUGGCCGAGGGAGCUGGCGUUUGCCCGCAGAUAGUUUUUCCAGGUGAUGUGGCCAUGACUAAGCCGCUUCUGGCGAAACCAGAGCAGUGCACGGAAACACCGUUUACCUUCCCACCGGAGCAGUACCUAUUUAUCUACUUGCACUUUGACGUGCUUUCGAACUGCUAGGUUAGCAGGAGUUGGGACAGAGCAAUGGGAGCUCACCCUGUCGUGGGGAUUCGAACCGCCGACCAUCUGAUCGGCAAGCCCAGGAGGCUCAGUGGUUUAGACCACAGCGCCACCCGCUUCCCAAUUGCCACAUUACACCGGCACAUUUUGGCUCUUCACCACCCUAGCACACCCCUGGUGUAGAGAGGAGAAGCCACACAAUUUUUUCCAGUGCUGCUGAGAGGUUUCUGUGGUGUAGGAAGGAGCACACAUCUGUGACUCCCACACAGGCGAGCAGAUAGACAAAGCUAGUCUUUCGUACAUAAAUGUACAGCAGCGUCAGCUGCCUGUCUUGUCAGAGAUAAUAACGUAUGGGGUGUUUCUUUUCUAAAAUCAGCAGGAGAUGCUCAAAGUCCAGAGUAAAAAAAAACAUGUCAACCCCACCCAAAUUGCAGAUUAGUGUUUUCCUAGGCAGGAAAUGUGACAAAAAACCUGUUUUGAAAAUUGCAAAGAGCUUAAAGCAAGUAAUGAAUUAUGUAACGAGUUAACAAGCUAUUAAAGGGGUGGGGGGAAGAAGUCCAUUUUUAGAGAGAUCUAUGCACGAUGUCGAGAAUAAAUUACGGGAACGAAUACUGAGCCAUGCUUCAGAGCUGUGUAAGUGAGUUUGCUCCAGCUAACUCAAUGGGCUGUGUUGGACCCUCGUGGAAGCAGGCGACUUUCUCGCUUUCUUUUUUCCACCACCCAGAAAGAACACCCCAGGCACGCUGCCAGAGAGAUUGCAAUGAGAAACCUGCUCCCCGUGCCUCAGAGAAAUAUGCCCAGGAAUCUUGACAUUUUCUUAUCAGCAAGAAAAUACCACAGGAAGGUUGCAGCCCUGUGGAAAAUGUUGAGGGAGUUUCUCCCACCGAGCCCGGUGGGACAUAUUUCCCAGCAAAUAUGCAAAAGUUUGGGCUGUUAGUUGACCGUAUUUAGGAUUACAUCCAGUACUGCAUUUUUAAGACACGGGGAGAACUUCUACAUGCCACUCCCAUGUCCAGAGUUCAAGGCAGCCAUCUCGCCUAAAUAAGUAACUGCUUUCGAGACAGGUUGGUGAACUGCAAAUCCCAGAAACAGCUCAGCCAUUUUCAGGCCUUUGUCUUUGAAGGAGUCGAGGAGGACGGUGUGAUUUCUGCAGUCACGACAAUUGCCUCAACCUUUUUUAGUGCGAUUUAAGAGACAGCCAUCGUCUCAAGGUCCCCUCGGCAGAGACAGCAGUGAUUCCCUUAAACAUUACAUUGUGGACUGAGAUUUUCUUUCGGCAAGUGACAUUUGUACCUUGGUGUUUUGUAACACUUGGCCAGCGUGUCUGUUUCUGCUCGUUUAGCGAUAGUCUCGUGCUGUUGAUUCUGGAAUGCUGAAGAAGUCUGUGAAUUUCUCUUGAAAUGGCUUCAAGUUACAAGAAAGGAGGGCGGGCCCAGAAAUCUUGCUCAGUUAGGUUCUUCCUUUGUGUGGAAGAUCUCUACAUCGGUAUACCUGUAGAACUACCAUAUUUUUUGCUCUAUAGGACGCACUUUUCCCCCUCCAAAAAUUAAGGGGAAAUGUGUGUGCGUCCUGUGGAGCAAAUGCAGGCUCCUUGGCUUCAGCGAUAGCAACGCGAAGCCUCUGAAGCGCAGAGGGAGCGCUCCCUCCGCACUCAGGAGGCUUCGCGUUGCUUUCACUGAAGCCUGGAGAGCGAGACGGGUUGGUGCGCACCGACCCCUCUUGCUCUCCAGGCUUCAGGGAUAGCUGCCUGAAGCCUUCGGAGUGCAGCGUGAGUUCCCGCUGCGCUCCACAAGCUUCGGGUUCCUUUUGCUGAAGCCAGGAGAGCAAGACUCCUGGCUUCAGCAGAGAGGGAGAGCUGCACAGCGCCCCUUCAGCCAAGCAGGAGGAGAAAGGAAGGGGCUCCGUUUCUCCUGCCGCUUCGCUGAAGGGGUGCUGAGCAGAGAGGGGGAGAAUUUUUUUUCUUUGUUCUUCCCCUCUAAAACAAGGUGCAUCCUAUGGUCCGGUGCAUCCUAUAGAGCGAAAAAUACGGUAGUUUUCCACUGCAGCCAAAGGUGCAGAUGACUGGGAAUGAUUUCCAUAGGGCCAUGGCACACAUUUUCCCAGGAGCAGGGCUAGCCCACAUGGACCCCUUUUCAACCCAUCUUUCAACAUGGCAGGCGUCAUAUGAACCCUCCCUUUGGAGGUGACCAUACCAGAAACGAUGGAGAGAUGCUAUGAUCAUAACCUUUAUUAAGUACUUGAAACACUACCCAUAUAUAGUGGUACCUUGGUUCUCAAACUUAAUCAGUUCCUGAAGUCCGUUCCAAAACCAAAGUGUUCCAAAACCAAGGCACGAUUUCCCAUAGAAACUAAUGCAAAAUGGAUUGAUCCGUUCCAGACUUUUAAAAGCAACCCCUAAAACAGCAAUUUAACAUGAAUUUUACUGUCUAACGAGACCAUUGAUCCAUAAAAUGAAAGCAAUAAACAAUGUACUGCAGCCACACACACAAGCAAUCAAUCAAUCAGUAGCUGAACUGGGUUCCACACAGUCACAAAAACCAAACAAAAAGAGCCGCAAAAACAAAAAUGCAAAACAAAUAGCAAAAAAAAGGCAGACCUCAGUGUAACACUCAAAACGGAAGUGUGGCACUCAAAUCGGAAACAUAACACAUAAAACGGAGCACGUUCGGCUUCUGAAAAACGUUCACCAACCGGAACACUUACUUCCAGGUUUGCAGUGUUUGGGUUCCAAGUUGUUUGAGUGCCAAGGCGUUUGAGAACCAAGGUACCACUGUAUCAUCUCUGUGAUCCUUACAACAACCCCAUAAAGUCAGUGUUAUCAUCUCCAUUUUACAGACCGGGAAUGGGGGUAGAUGCUGCUCAGGUAGAGAGAAAAUGCCUUUCCUUAAGCUUAUGAAAGAGCCGAGAUUUGAUUCUUAUGGGGUUUGUAUUUGUUUGUUUCUCUCUCUCUCUCUCUCUCUAAAAAAGUAUCCUGUAGUAGUUAGUGAGAGUGAAAACACAGCUUCAUGUUCCAGGUAGUGUAAUAAAAAAAUGAAUUAAGCAAGGUUUUCAAAUUCAGUUUGUUUUCCCACGUAUAUCAAUAUUUUAUCAGGAAUCUAUUAUAAGAUUUGCUCUCUCCUCCUGCCUCCCUGCCAGAACUGCAGACAGGCAGGCUACCAAUCAGCCCAAAGCUAUCAAAAGGAUGAGCAUUGAAAGAAAUGUUUGUAUUGUGUGCGUCUUCCCCCUGCUUAGCGGAUGGUGUCCCAUUUUCUACAUCAUUGCUCACACACAAACCCCAUUCAUCUCCGCUUUUGCUAGAAUGCAAUCACAUGGGGUACGUAUGUUGCAGAUUAGAAUAGUGGCAGAAACAAGUAUCUUUGCAGGCUUCUGCAAUCGCAGUUUGUUGAGAAUAUAUGCAUAUACCAAAAUAGUUUGCUCAGAGCAUGGCAAACCAGCACCUCCAUUGAGUGACCCAUGUUUGCUUGCUUGCAUGUGGGAUUUGCGGAAGUGAAAAUAUGUCAGGGGGUACAUUGAUGCUGGGUGUUUAGGCGUCUGGGGGGGGUUGCAUAUGGGCUAUUCUUGCAAAUUCUUGAAAGUGUUGUGUACACAGAGACUAUCUUGACUUACUGGUUACAUUUUUAUCUCAUUCUUCCCACGGUGAGUUUAGGACAGUUGCCAUGGUGCAUUUGAUUACCGCUCCAAUAUAUCCAAUACAGUGGUAUCUCAGGUUACAUACGCUUCAUGUUACAUACGCUUCAGGUUACAGACUCCACUAACCCAGAAAUAGUGCUUCAGGUUAAGAACUUUGCUUCAGGAUGAGAACAGAAAUCGUGCUCUGGUGGCGCAGCGGCGGCAGGAGGCCCCAUUAGCUAAAGUGGUGCUUCAGGUUAAGAACAGUUUCAGGUUAAGAACGGACCUCCGGAACGAAUUAAGUACUUAACCCGAGGUACCACUGUAUAUAACAGUUGUGGAAGGCAGGAUCAGCCAGAAAUGCAGAACCUGUGGUUCUGCAGAUAUUGGACUCCAACUCCCAUCCUCCCUAAUCAUUGGCCAUGCUGGCAGGGGCUGAUGGGAGUUGAAGUCCAGCCCGGAGCUACGUGUCGGUAGAGCAUGAGAUUCUUCAUCCCAGGGUUGUGUGUUCAAGUCACAUGUUGUGCAAAAGAUGCCUGCAUUGCGAGGGGUUGAGCUAGAUGAUCCCUGUGGUUCCUUUCAACUCUAUGGUUCUAUGAUGCGGGAAAUCCAGAGCUUGUGCAUCCGCAUCUCUUUACCCACUCCUCUGCUCUGAUUCCAUGUACCGUAUUUUUCACUCUAUAGGACGCACCAGACCAUAAGAUGCACCUAGUUUUGGGGGGAGGAAAGUAAGAAGAAAAAUUUGAAUCCCAGAAGCCAGAACAGCAAGAGGGAUCUGGCUUCUGGGAUACCCUGUGGCUGUUCUGGCUUCUGGGAUAACCAUGCCAAACCUCUUCAGGGCAGCGGGAUGAAGGCUCCCCCUGCCCAGAAGAGGCUAAGGCAGAAGCCAGGACAAGCGCCUCGCUGAAGGGGCACUGCACCUUCUCUUUCUCUGCGCAGCACCUCUCCUUCACAGGAGAGGCACUGCACAGAGAGGGAGAACUGCGCAGCGCCCCUUCAAGCGAAGCUGGAGAAGGAACAGAAGGAGACCCUUCUGUUCCUCCUCCGGCUUCCAGGACAGGCGCCUCGCUGAAGCUUUCCGCUGCUCCCCGCAGCUUGUGGGGCUGGUGGUGGGGAAAGCCGAGCUUCCCUCACUGCCAGCCCCGGGGACCAUACAUUCGCUCCAUAAGACACACAGACAUUUCCCCUUAGAUUUUAAGAGGGGGAAAGUGUGUCUUAUGGAGCGAAAAAUACGGUAGAUUGGCUCCUCUUGCCGUGUUGCCCAUGAGAAGCAAGCACAAUUUGCCAGGCAACUAAGCAGCAAAGCAUUUGUGAAAUGGAAAAGGGUUGGUUCUUUAUGUCUUUCAGGAAGUUGGUGCGUCACGUGUUUAAUGUGUCACGUGCAAGUCAGGCUAGUAACUACCAGACUUAUUUGCAAGGCUGUAUAUUUUUGUUCUCUUCACACUAGUUGUCAUCUAGUCUUCAAGCACAAGCACUAAAUCACUGGGAGGACUUUCAGCAGCUACGCCCCCAGGCAACUCUGCACCCUUCUUCUGCUAGAAAAAAAAAUCUGCUAAAAAUCCUUGCAUAAUGCAGUCUGGCCAUUUGCUGGUUAAAAGUUGGACUUGUGUUCAAGUAUCAACACUGUUAACUCUGGAUAGAACGCCAGUCGUAAACUUUUGAGGACCAAUCCAAUCCGUUCAGAAGUGGAGCUCAAGGGGCAAGGAAGUUGAAGGGCAGAAUUGCUUGUAAAACCAAACUUUUUCUUUUUCUUUUCCUUUUUUUUUUUUUUUAAUAGACUCAGCAGUGUGCAUUCCAUCCCCUUUUUUAGCAGUGGUCUGGAUUGCACAAAAUCUAAAUUUGAAUCAGCUAUACAAGACAUUCCACUCAGUUCUUUUAAAAAAUGGGGGAUGCGGACAACCAUGCGGCUUUGAGAAGGGAAACAAAGCUGUUUGGUUUUGCCAAGUUUAAUAUAGGGGUAUGUGUGCAACGAUGUUUUCGUGUUAACUAUCUCUUGCACCGUUAGAUGACAAUACUUUAAAUAAAUCAAGCAGGCCUGGUGGAAAACAUUUGGCACAGGUUGCUCGCUAGCUUGCUAACCUCCUGUCCUUUUCCUCAGGGAGGAAAAGACUCCACCUUGCUGCUCAUUGUUCUGCUCGCUGUGCAGUUCUCAGUAUUAUAAAACCAGAGGAGGAAAAGGAUCCUGGCACGCUAGCAGCUUCUGUCUUCCAGUUUUUAAUGCUUUGCCCCGAGAGCAAACUUUGAAGUGUUCCAUCUCGCUGCCAUAUCAAAGGCUCUGCAUAGACUUUAAAAAAAACAACACCACCAAAGAUAGACCUUGUUGGACUACAACUCCCAUCAUCCUUGGCCCUGCUGGCUAGGGAGGAUGGGAGUUGUAGUCCAACAACUUUUGAGGACCCAAGGUUGAGAAAGGAUGCCCUAGACCAGCGUUUCCCAAACUUGGGUCUCCUGCUGUUUUUGGACUACAAUUCCCAUCAUCCCUGACCAUUGGCCCUGCUAGCGAGCGAUGAUGGGAGUUGUAGGUUUUAGGUUUAAAAGGUCACGAGAGAAGCUGAAGAAGUGCAAAAGAAGGAAGAUAGCAUUGGUGUUAUAAGAGUUGGCAAGGUGCUGUGCUGCCAAGAUAACAGGAUUCUCAAGAAGAAAGAUACAGGAAUAUAAUAUGGUUGGUUGCUGUUUUUUUAAUUGCUCAGGCUUUUCCUAUCUGUGUUUUCUAGAAACCCAUUUAAUGGCAAUUCUCAGAGUUCCUUACUGGUCUCAAAAGAAUCCAGGCAAUAGAGAUCAAUUUUGCUCAGCGGCAUGCAGUCAGUGGACAUGGGGAGCUAGGCUAGUCCCUGAAAUGUUCCCAUUAAAUUAGAAUAUUACAAUAUUAAAGUCUGGUGCCUCCUUCCCAAAGCCCGGGAAGCUUCUGCCCAGCUCAGGGAAGGGAGCACGAUGCUCAUACACAUGACAUUGUCUCUCCCCCACCUCCCUUUGCCUUCACAAGCUGGUGCCUCUGAUCCUAACUGUUCCCCUAUGAAAGAUUUCACUGCACACCACUGGUUUUGGUGGGGAAAAGGGAGCGCCUUGAUUCAAGGGGGAUUUUUUGUUUUGUUUGGGGUUGUCGCCCCCCCCCCCCCCCCAUUCCUAAGAUCUUCCUGGCCAUGUGGUGAGGAGAACUUUGGACCGGAUCAGAAACCCAGGAACAAAAUUAUCGGCAUCACGAAGAGGCUACGGUCAGACCAUGGGAAGUCAUCGUGUCCUCUGAGCUCCUCUCAAAUUACGAAUCGUAGACCAGCAUUUCCCAACCUUGGUCCUCCAGCUGUUUUUGGACUACAACUCCCAUAAUCCUCAGCUAGCAAGACCAGUGGUCAGGGAUGAUGGGAAUUGUAGUUCGAAAACAGCUGGAGGCCCAAGGUUGGGAAACCCUGUCGUAGACCUGCAACUGCAGAUCUAGGGACUAGGACAUGGGUAGGCAAACUAAGGCCAGGGGGUCAGAUCCGGCCCAAUCGCCUUCUCAAUCCGGCCCAUGGACGGUCCAGGAAUCAGCGUGUUUUUACAUGAGUAGAAUGUGUGCUUUUAUUUAAAAUGCAUCUCUGGGUUAUUUGUGGGGCACAGGAAUUCGUUCAUUUCCCCCCCCCCAAAAAAUAUAGUCUGCCCCCCCCCCAAGGUCUGAAGGACAGUGGACCGGCACCCUGCUGAAAAAGUUUGCUGACCCCUGGAGAAGUCCCAGGCAAAGUUUUCCGCACUGGGAAAAGGUUUUCCCUUAGGCCUGUUUUUACACAAAACAAACAUGUGGGGACGGCCAUAUUGCCUCCAGGGCUGAAUGUCUCAACCACUCCCAUCUUCUUGGCAGCAACCCAGACCCUGGGUACCUCUGUAGCUCCUGAGGCAGAGGAUUUAAGAAUCUUUGGAAUGCAUCGCUUACCACCACGUUCAGGCCUAUUUUUAUAGCUGAUGCUGAAUCACGGAUCACAAGGAUAUCCAAGCAGGGAGUCCCAUGUGCCCUGUGGCUGUGCUCAAAAAGCUUUCCACCCUUGUGCCCCUCUGCUUGCAUUUUCGCCAUACUGGGAUAGCCGUGCAAUGCGAACAUGUGUACACAGAAAGAGGCUGGCCCAUAGAUAAAGCUUUCCUCGUUCACUUCAGCCCCAAAGCACUCGCAAAAUUAUGAGAUAUUCAGCCCUGCAGGCUGCACAACUUUCUCUGCCAAGACUGUCCAUAUCUAGGGAACAACUUUGCCACACCCUAGAAUGGAUCAUAAAACACAGCCGCCAUGUUCAGGUCUCUCUUUUUCUUUCUCCCCUCUCCUUUCAUCCACUCUAGGACUUUCCAGGCAAAAGCCUUCACAGAGAUCUCUCUUAUAAGACCUUGAUGAAGAAAAGACCUAUUAAUUAUUAUUCUUUUGUCCACUCCCUAGUUUAAAAAAGGAGGCGAGCGGAAAGUAUUGUACACACAGGAUGAAAAGCUUUUUUAAAAAAAAAAAAUCCCGUUGUUAAUGUGUGCAGUUUUAUUCGCUAGUGAACAGCGAGCUUUUAAAAAUCUCCCGGAAACGAGCGAAAAUCUCCCAAAACAAUCUUGACCUCUGGUUUCUUGUAGAAAGUUACAGUAAGAACCUGUAGAGUUUGAGGUUUCUGCAUUAGCUUUCAGAUUACCAAAAAACAACAAUAGCCCCCAGACAGAUUAAAUCCAUGGCUUUCUUUUAGCCGGAACUUGCUGGAACUCAGUAUCUGGGCCCCAUUGCCAUUCUAAGAGAACGGGUGAGGUGUUCGUGGUGAGUUCUGGCACCUCUUUUGCUAGAAAAGGAGUGCUGGUUAAAUCUGAUACUUCGUGUUCCUCAGAAAGACCAUUCCUACCCCUUACCCAAGAUGCAUGUGAAAAUAAAUGCAUGUGGUUUAGGUUUGUGAGCAGGUCACUUUCCAGUUUCUGGGAAUCACCAUUGGGGAGCAGAAGGGCCGUUGCCCUCAGAUCCCGCUUGCAAACCAUAGCUGUCAAUGUUCCCUUUUUUAAGGGAAAUUCCCUUAUUCCAAAUAGGAUUCCUUGCAAGAAAAGGGAAAAGUUGACAGCUAUGUUGCAAACUUCCCGCAGGCAUCUGGUUGGCCACUGUGAGAACAGGAUGCUGGACUGGAUUGGACCCUUUCCUGAUCCAGCAGAGCUCUUGAUACAUUGUUUUUUCUUUAUUAAAAGAAAAACUUUUGUACCUUUGCAUGCCUCUUGUUUUCCUCUCAUUUAGAUAUACUGUCCCGUUCCAAGCUUGGCUUCUCUUUCUUCCUAAUGUGGCUGCAGGAGUUGUUACAAAUUGCAAACGGCACAGAAUACCUAACAAAACACAGAAAUGACUGUUUGCAAAGCCUUAUUAAGCUUUGGCAUUGUUCCUUUCUGCUUUGUUGGAACCACAUGACCUGCAUGAUUCCCCACCCCCGCCCCGCUUUGGUUCAGAAUAAACGUCAUUCAGCCAAUCAUGCACCACAGCAAAUGAGCAAGCUCGUGUUGCCACCGAAAACGGAGAAAUUCAGGUCUUUUUUAUUUUAAAAAAAGAAAGCAAAACACAGUAACAACAAUGUGCAGUUUAAUAGCAUGUGGGGACCAGAAAAAUCCCAUUAAAUGAGAGCUUAGGGGUCACUGAAUUUGGUAUUCAGUGCCACUCGAGUUAGUAAAUAUUUGAUCUUAAAAUGGAAGGAGCCAGAAGAGGAGAAAAACACCAAGAAAUGUCAUUGUUCGGUUGCCUUUUGUGCUGUUUGAAUACCAAGAGACUCCCAGCUCAGAAACCUGCCAGCUCAAAAAUCAAGAGGAAAUGGGGCCAGGAGGCCAAAGACGCAGAAAAUUUUAAUGGUGUCUUAAAGAAACUGAUGAAGCAGCUUAUGAGACCAUUAGAGUUUAUGCCACAGUAAACCAAUUCAGACAUGCUAUCACAGUCCUGUCACAGAUCUCUGCCGCCUUGCAAUGAUGAGCUCACCUUCUCACUGAAACAUUCGGCUUUUCCACGUCCAGGGCUCCCAUUUGCACAUCACAGUCAGCCAUAAACCAAUAGCGUACUGUGCAUGGGUUGAUCACUCCCGCUUUGCGCUUCUUCCUCCUAGCCCUGGAGAGAGAAGCAAGCCACAGUCCCGGGUUUAGCAUUAGUUCCAAACCAAGGAUCGUGGUUUAUUUCAUUUCCCAGAAACCACAAUCUGUAGCCACUGAUUGUUCUUGAAUGUGGUUUGUUUGGAGGGAUCACGGUUUGUUUACUCUGCAUAGCAAUAGAGAGGAACAGGAGUGCCCAGCUAGGUGGUCACAGUCAACCACUAACCAUGGUUUACAGUGACAUGCAAAUUUUUUAAGUGGAAGAGGUGGAACAGUUGCCUCUUAAGUGCUUAUGAGGCAGUACAGUGGUACCUUGUUUCUCAAACUUAAUCCGUUCCGGAAGUCCGUUCCAAAACCAAAGCGUUCCAAAACCAAGGCACGCUUUCCCAUAGAAAGUCAUGCAAAAUGGAUUAAUCCAUUCCAGACUUUUAAAAACAACCCCUAAAACAGCUAUUCAACAUGGAUUUUACUAUUAGUCCAUUGAUCCAUAAAAUGAAAGCAACAAUCAGUGUACUGUACUAUGAAAUAAAUAAGACAGUAUUGUAGAUGAUAAAAAUUAUUAUUUUUUCUUAACUGCACUGAUGGUAGUCAUUGUUUAGAUGGGGGGCUUUUAUCCAUUUCUGCAGUCACACAAUCAAUCAAUCAAUCAAUCAAUCAGUAGCUGAACUGGGUUCCACACAGUCACAAAAACAAAAUUAGCCAAAAAAGCCACAAAAACAAAAACACAAAAUAAAUAGCAAAAACAAAAGCGCCAAACUUAAUCCGUUCCGGAAGUCCGUUUGACUUCCAAAAUGUUUGAAAACCAAGGCGCAGCUUCUGAUUGGUGUAGGCGCCUCAGAAACAAAUAGCCGACAGCUGGAUUGGAUGUUUGGCUUCCAAAAAACGUUUGAAAACCAGAACACUUACUUCUGGGUUUCCGGUGCUUGGGAACCAAGGCGUUUGAGUCCCAAGGCGUUUGAGAACCAAGGUACCACUGUAUUAUCACGUGAGAUGACUGUGCCAAGUGCUCAUUUCACAUAAUGAGCUUUUAUCUUUUACAGCUUAUUGCUGACUAAUUUUUAGCAUACUUCUGAAUACCAGACAAUAGGGAACCUUGUGUCCCUGCAGAUGCUGCCAGGCUGCAGCUCCCAUCAAACCUGCCUAUUGGCCAUGUUGGCUGGAACUGGUGGGCGUUGGAAUAUAACUCCCUUUUGGAGGGACACAGGAUUGCAUCCCCUGCCUGCAAGCUAUCGGGAUGUUAAUGGUGGGCCCCUUUUAUUCAGUACGUAGCAUUAGUAAAUGAAGAAAGAGACUAAUUACCAAUGAGCCGACAUCGCUUUGCAACAAGAUUAAGCCAUUCUGUGUUGUCGAGACGAUUUGACCACACUGUGCGAAAUUUUAUUUAUUUGGAAAAACUCUCUUGUUAGAUGUCAAAGGCUCCUUGGUCCCCUGCCAAGCAUAAGUCAGAGAGAGUUUUGCCCAUGUAAGGAGAGAGAAUUUGUGAUUCAGAAACAAAUUGGAGUUAGCCAUAACCCAUACUAAGGCAUCUAGGCAAUGUGCCAACAGAAGAAACUGUUUCGUUGCCUUGAUUUCACAGGUUCCCACGAAGGACAAUAAGCUGCAGCCUUUCAGCUUGCUAGGUAUCCAAAAUGCUCCUCCCAAAAAAAGGUUUAUUUGGAUACCCAUCAAGAAUCAUGCCCAGAUGAGGAACGAACCUGAAAAGAAUGACGCAAAAUGCUUUCUUAGGAGUUGAAUCAGUGCAACUUCUGAGGCCGAUUUUAACAAUACCCUUCAGUGUUUAGGUAUACAUACCUGGGUACAAUCUCGCUUUGGGUGUCUCAGCCUCAGCUUUCCCCUUUAAAGUGCAUGCUAGUAAUGGAUCCAACCCCUGCUUGUCUGCAUUCUCUACAAGGAAUGACAGGGUGUUGCUUCUGAAUGAGUCAUACUCAAAUGAGACGGCUUGAAAUCAAUGGGCUUCUAGUAAUCAACUCCACUUAUUUCAAUGGGUUUAUUCUGAGUAUGGCUUAGCACAGGGGUCAGCAAACUUUUUCAGGAGGGGGCCGGUCCACUGUCUCUCAGACCUUGUGGGGGGGCCUGACUAUAUUUUGAAAAAAACAUAUGAACGAAUUCCUAUGCCCCACAAUUAACCCAGAGAUGCAUUUUAAAUAAAAGCACACCUCCUACUCAUGUAAAAACACCAGGCAGGCCCCACAAAUAACCCAGAGAUGCAUUUUAAAUAAAAGGACACACUCAUGUAAAAACACACUGAUUCCCGGACCUUCCGCGGGCCGGAUUGAGAAGCUGAUUGGGCUGGAUCCGGCCCCCGGGCCUUAGUUUGCCUACCCAUAUAUGCCAGGCAGGAGGAAUGACUGCUGGGAAGAGGGAGAAGAAACACCAUGGUGCACCUGUAGCAGCAAAAGCAGUCGCCUUCGUAGCUGCAAUAAAAUAUCUCUCCCUCAUCAUUCUUGCCAGCCACAGCAGGCGCUGAAACUCUCCAAAAUUACCCCAAAUGGCUCACUGAUGGAUGCCAAUAACAAUAUGUAUACAUGAAUUGUUGGCAUUUUGUCCUCGGGUAUCUGCACCGUAGACAGUGAACUGUCUCAUUAGAAAUGGAGCCAAGUCAAGCUUGGGAAGCAAGUGGUCUUUCAGAUAUUUGAGGCCUGAGUCUGUUUUCCGUGUUGCAUUGUUGUGGCCUGGACUAAGUCCUUAGGGCAAAGAACCAGCAAGUUGUUGCAAGAGGUUGUCGUAUGUUGCCCCACCUUUCUUAAAUUCUAGGUUCCAGUUUGACUAUAGUGGCAGGGCUGAUGAAAUGCAAAUUCAAAUCACUCCGCAGCUAAACUGCUCUAAAGUUCAUUGUCCAUAUAUUUUCAGUUGGGGAUGGGCAGAUCAGGACGCACGGGCCAUUUGCUAAAUUAUCCACAGUAGGCUUGCAAGGGUUUGUGACUCCAAUUUGUUUAAUAAGAGCAACAACUAAAAGACUCCACCGCCCCUAAAUUAGAUGGUUGGAACCCAUGAUCUGCAAGUGCCUUAAGUAUGUAUGCAUUUACGUUUAUAUGCGGGUGGCGUUGUGGGUUAAACCACAGAGCCAAGGACUUGCCGAUCAGAAGGUCGGCGGUUCUAAUCCCCGCGAUGGGAUGAGCUCCCGUUGCUCGGUCCCUGCUCCUGCCAACCUAGCAGUUCGAAAGCAUGUCAAAGUGCAAGUAGAUAAAUAGCUCCGGCGGGAAGGUAAACGGCAUUUCCGUGUGCUGCUCUGGUUCGCCAGAAGCAGCUUAGUCAUGCUGGCCACACGACCCGGAAGCUGUACGCCGGCUCCCUCGGCCAAUAAAGCGAGAUGAGUGCCACAACCCGAGUCGGCCACGACUGGACCUCAUGGUCAGGGGUCCCUUUACCUAUUUUACCAUUCUGUUGUAUGGCUCACUGGGUCUAAAGUAACCUAAAACCACUUUUUGUAUUAUUUUCUCUACUAAAAGCACAAUGAGCACAACAACCUUGUUUCCCAAGAUGUCAUUUAAUGAAACAGAUGAUGGAAAACUCCCGGGCUCUGUAGAACAUGAUGGAUCUCUCUAUUUCAGAACACAAUGGCUCCCUUGAACAUUGUGAAACAAACACCAGAACCUUAACAGUGUAUCUUUUAAAAAAUUUGAAAGGUUGAUCUGGUGUUUUCCGUGAGGGUAGCAGGGUUUUUUUGGGGUUUUUUAAGCGAUUACUCGAGUGCAAAAUGGCAUCUGCACAUGGUAUUCAGAAUCUCAACCCUGAGGCAACUUUGCCAAUAACCUUUCGUCCGGGAAACCAUUCUGAAGAAGGGCUUGUGCUUUCUUUUCACCAACAGCUGACGGGUUCAAAAGCUACAUUAUAUCUGCCACGUUUUGCAAUCUGCUUCUUGCUGGGAGCAGAGUUGAAACAAUUGCAGCAUUUCAGCUGCGCCGCCACCCUUCUCUGUGUGGAGGCAAAUUUAUCUCGUGAACAUCUCGUUCAAAAUGAUAAACUAAGUAUAUAACCCUGACACAGGCAAACAGAAAAAUGCAGAUAUUGCAAAUGGCAACAGAUUUUUUAUUUUUUUUGCAGUGGGGAGAGAACUUCAGAAAUGUCAAAGCUGCUAGAUUUUUCUAAGCCCCAACCAUGUGCCAAUUUGCUGCCCAGUUCACUUCAAGCUUCUGGGACAUACCCUACGGAGCUGUGAUGUUUUCAUAAGCGCACAUUUCUGAAGGAAGGCCUUUGCUUGGUCCUCCAUAACCUCUUCUUUGUUUGGAGGAGAUUCCUUCUGAAAUAUUUGCUUUUCCUGAAGUUUCUUGGCUGUGAAUGUUACCCACCGCAUUCCGUUCCAGAGGCUGUGAAGAAUGGCUGCUAUUAUGACUUCUAACUGUAGGGUUUUAUUUCCUUUCGGAUUGGUAUCGCUUUCUAUCUACAGCUUCGUUCAGUAGUGGCCGUUGACCGUUGGGACUUGAAAGGCAGGAAGCAGAGAGGGAGAAAAACAGUAUGCAGCGUCAGAACCAAGUCAGAGAAGACUUACCCCAGUUUUCUCCCUAUUCUCCUCCCUGCUAAGUUCUACCAGGGCUAACUGUUGACCAACACUAAAACGACUCUAGCUUAGUAUUCUCCUUUAUGUGAUGCUUUUCUGCAAGCAGGGAGGUGGGGAUGUGUUUGUGUGUAUUCAGUUUGUGAGUCCACUCUUGGGACACCUGAGUGUAUCAUUUGUCUCUUAGCCAAUAUCUGCUAUCACGAUAUGGUCUUCAAACCGGUUUUGGACGAAAUAUGGAUAUAUCUCCCAGCCCUACUAGAUCAUAGUACUUAGCUUUGUCUUGUGUCUGGAAACAAUAAGCACUUUGUUACUUUGAACUGUGCAAGAGAGGAGUUUCCCCCUAGAAUAAGUUGUCUGACGGGAGAAGGAAAUUUCUGAAGAGUCUGCUGGGGUCUGCUGGGUGAUAUAUCACAGAGGUUGAGGUGUGGCAAACAACCAGCUGAUUUCUACAAGUCACCCACACUCCUGACCGCUGACUGUGAGCCAGUUGUGGGGGGCACAGGGGAGGAAGAAGGGAGAGCCCUGUGCACAAACAGAAGUCUUUCCACAGGGCUUCUGCUGAUGGGACACCUGAGUUGAAUCCCGGUCUAGGCUUCUGAGUCAGGGGCUGUAUAUCCCAUAGUUAUUUAUUUCUAUUUUAUUUACUUAUUAGAUUUCUAGACUGCCCUUCACCCAAGGAUCACAGGGCAGUUUGCAAUAUAAAAACACAAAAAUACAUAGCAUAGUAACCCAUGAGAAAAAUAACACACACACACACACACAGAGAGAGAGAGAGAGAGAGAGUUUAAAAGGCCAUAGUACAGUAUUUAUUUCUAUAUCCAUGGUGUUCAUCAUUAUCGACACUAAAAUAGACAUGGUAUGGUAACAGCAGUAGAAAAAUCAGUGCAGCCUUUCAUUUAUACUUUUAGUUAUUCCCUGUAGGCGGACCAAUUAUUAUGAAAUUUAUGAAAGGACCAGAUUGUCGCUUGACACCCCCCCCCCAAAAAAAAGAAAGUGUAUCUGAUUUAAAGCACUUUGGAGGAGCCAUAUGAGCAUAUGAAGAGCUCUGCUGGAUCAGACUGGGGGGGGGGGUUCCAUCUCUUCUAGCAUCCUGUUUGCACAUAUCCUACUGGGAGGCCCAACAGCAGAGCCCGGGGGCAGUUUAUUUCAAUCUCCUUUCUUCUCAAAAAAAUGCUUCAUCACAUCACAUCAUCCAAAGCUCAGUAGGUCCUUGGGGAGUGAUGGCGGGCGUUGUAGGAUUCGGGCAGCUAAAAAUGAGAAAGAAAGAAGAAAGAAAGAAAGAAAGAAAGAAAGAAAGAAAGAAAGAAAGAAAGAAAAUGUGCCCAUCUUAAUAAACUCCUAAAACAUACAGCACAUCAGCAUUCAGUAAACACACCCACACACACAACCAGAUCUUGUAUGAGAUUGGAGAGGCUGUUAGGAGGUGGUCCUUUGUGCUAGAUCCUGGAACUCCUGCCCUUCCACCUUUUUAAAAGUUUGAUUUGAUUUGAUUAAUUUGCUUAUAGGAAGGAUGAGUGCCCUACCUGACCUCUUCAUUUCCCCAAGUCAUUUAUGCGUACGAUUAGCAGCAUAUGAGAGCCAGUGUGGUGGUUAGCAUGUCAGACAAGGACCUAGAAGAUCAGGGUUUGAAUCCCCGCUCGGAUAUGAAACGCACUGGGUAAACCUUGGGCAAGCCACUGCCUCUCAGCUUAGCCUACCUCAUAGGGUUGUUGUUGUUCUUGUGAUUAAAUGAGGAGGGGGGGGCACCAUGUAUGCUGCCCUGGGCUUCUUGGGAGAGGGGCUAUAAAUGCAAUAAGUAAAUAAAUAAUAUUCAAACGUUAUGUAGGGUUGCCAUACAGUGGUACCUUGGGUUACAGACACUUCAGGUUACAUAUGCUUCAGGUUACAGACUCUGCUAACCCAGAAAUAGUACCUCGGGUUAAGAACUUUAUUUCAGGGUGAGAACAGAAAUCGUGCGGCGGCGGCAGGAGGCCCCAUUAGCUAAAAUGGUACCUCAGGUUAAGAACAGUUGUUUCAGGUUAAGAACGGACCUCCAGAACAAAUUAAGUUCUUAACCCGAGUUACCACUGUAUUUCAAAAAGUGAAAAUCUGGACACAAUUCCCCCCCACAAAAUUGUUGAACUUUUUUUUGGGGGGGGGGAGUUUGGCGCUAUUUUUAAGCAAUAUUGGCAAAAACGACACUGCCGAUAUGGCUUGCCAUACGUCCGGAUUUUCCCUGACAUGUUUUUCCAGCGGGGGCGAUUUCCACCCGGACACUUCUUCUGACUGCAAACUGCAGUAUUCUGGGUAUAUCCAGGAAAUUCUGGACUUAUGGCAACCCUAAUGUUACGCAAAGCCAUGGGCUCGUACUAAAAGCCCUUUAAGUACCUCACAGCAUCCCUUCUAUAUAAUGCCCCAAAAUGUACCAGACUUGAGCUUUCUCUCAUUUCCAACCCCCCACCCCCAUGUGAAUGCUAUAUUAAGGCAGGAAAGAAUUUGCAGCCGCUGUAGGUUCUAUAUUCGUCUUGGGAGCCAAUUUAAAGUAAAACUGAUUUAAGUCCCAGGUAAUAAGGCAAUCAGUCAUAAAUACCUACUUAAACAGCACCUCUUUCUUUCCUUUCCUUUUUUCCUUUGAGUAAUUUUUUUUAAGUCACUAUAAAUACGAGUGUUGUUGUUUUUAAGCGCACACAAGCAUCACUGCAAAAGCACACUUCUCUUUGCCAACAACACCGACAGGAUUAAGAAACCCAGAAGUUAGAAUGUUUAGUUGCAGAAGAAUCUUGUUCCGUGUACAUGCUGAACGCAAGCCAUUUCUGGUGGAGGCUGCUUUUGGUUUGACGAAACUGCCAGACGGAUGUAUUUUGGUUAGUUAAUUAUUUUAUUUAUUAUUUUAUCUUCUGUCAGGAAACCCAAAGGAGUGUGGUUCCCAGGCAGUCCCCCAUCCAGGCACUAUCCAUGCCCAACCCUGCUUAGCUUCAGUAGGUGGGUGGGUCUUCAGACCAUAUACCCCAGUAUGAGUCUUCCCACCCACUCACUGAAUAGCCAGUCAGGGUGCUCCAGGCAGCCUGUUUGUUGAGCAUUCAUCCUGAUUUGUUUGCAGAAAGAUUAGACAAUGAUGCCUACAUUGAGUAUUCAUGUUGGUUUGCUAGCAGGGGUGUUAGACGAUGUUGCAUCAAAGCAAGCACAACCUCACUUUUUCCAGUACGUUUUCCCUCCGCAUUUCUUAACACAAAAAGUCCAAUCUUUUGGGGGGAGUUGGUUUGUUGACACAAGACCUCCCGAAUGACUUAUUGCAGACCUGAAUUUGUUGGGUGUGCGACUGAAUCCCACCUGAAAAGUUUGAAAGCCCCUUCCAUCUCAGAACCAUGGAUAUACCAUGAAUGGGGGGGCGGGGUCAUUCAAAGCUUACCUAUAUAUUUUUCAUGCUGCUUUUGAAAAAUAAGCUCAUAUGCCAGGGGUCAGCAAACUUUUUCUGCAGGGGGCCGGUCCACUGUCCCUCAGACCUUGUAAGGGGCUGGACUAUAUUUUUGGGGGGGAGGGAAAAUGAAUGAAUUCCUAUGCCCCACAAAUAACCCAGAGAUGCAUAAAAUAAAAAGCAAUAAAAGCACACGUUCUACUCAUGUAAAAACACCAGGCUGGCCCCACAAAUAACCCAGAGAUGCAUUUUAAAUAAAAGCAUUAUAAAAACACGCUGAUUCCCGGACUGUCCGUGGGCCAGAUUUAGAAGGCGAUUGGGCCGGAUUCGAUCCCUGGGCCUUAGUUUGCCUACCCAUGUCAUACGCCAUCAGUACCUGACACAAGAAGUUAUUGUGAAAAUAUUGAACAAAGUCUAGGAUGGAUAAAUGGAUGGUGAGCGAUGAUUUGUAUUUCUUUAGCCAUCCUCUGCCAUUACAUACUGAUUACUCAUCACACCCAUCAUAGACAUUUUGUGGCACCCAAGCUAUCACAUCCUUUCCAAUAUUUGUUUAAAGGUGUUCUGUGCAUUUCAUAAUGCCUUGCCAUGGUACCAUUGUUGGUAAUAAUAAUGAUAAUAAUAAUUUAUUACUUAUACCCCACCCAUCUGGUUUCCCCAGCCACUCUGGGUGGCCUCCAACAAAAUAUUAAAAAUACAAUAAAGCAUCAAACUUUAAAAACUUCCCUAAACACGGCUGCCUUCAGAUGUCUUCUAAAAGUCAGAUAGUUGUUUAUUUCCUUGGCAUCUGGUGGGAGGGUGUUCCACAGGGUGGGUGCCACUACCGAGAAGGCCCUCUGCUUGGUUCCCUGUAAAUUCGCUUCUUGCAGUGAGGGAACUGCCAGAAGGCCCUCGGAGCUGGACCUCUGUGUCCGGGCUGCAUGAUGGGGGUGGAGAUGCUCCUUCAGGUAUACUGGGCCAAGGCCAUUUAUGGCUUUCAAGGUCAGCACCAACACUUUGAAUUGUGCUUGGAAACAUACUGGGAGCCAAUGUAGGUCUUUCAGGACCAGUGUUAUAUGGUCUCGGCGGCCACUCUCAGUCACCAGUCAACUGCCGCAUUCUGGAUUAGUUGUAGUUUCCUGAUCACCUUCAAAGGUAGCCCCACGUAGAACGCAAUGAAAGACCACUUUCAUUGUUUAGGGCACUGAGGGUUGUGUUCAACUCUGUCAUAUUUAAGAGUGGACCUAUUGAAAUCAGCAGACUUGAAAUAGUUGAGCCUGUUAAGUUCAACGGAUCUGCUCUUCAGUAUGUCUUAGUCUGAUGCAUCAAAUAGUCGAAAAGGUGGGUUUGGUAUCAACGGAGCUGGUGGCUACGGAAUAUUUCCCCCCUUAUUUUUUAAGAUUUAUUUAAAAUACAAAGUGGGGUGUGUGUAGAAUGAUACAAGAGGCAUGAGGCACAGAUGGCAUUAAACCAGCACCUUUAUGAAAUACAGUUAUUGCAACAACUAAAGCAAAUUUCACAGAAGAAUGUGCAUGUCCCCAAGGCCAGAGCUCAUGCCCUGCAUGCAACAUCGUCUUUCUCCUCAGCCAUAAAUAACUAUCCUCAAUUAACCUGGGGUACUUCUUCAUGAGUCCUGCUUUAUAUUAUUGUCAAGGGAGUGUUAAUGCUCCAGACCGAGCAUUAAAAAAAAAAAAUUAAAACUCUCAUAAUUCUAUGUUAUAAAUUCCGACAAGCACCUACAAUUCUGAUAUUUCUUUGUCAUUGAAAUAUUUUUUUAAUGGAUUACCUUAAAACACCCCAAAGCGAUUUGACAAUAAAGAGGACCACAGCGAUUAAACUUGCGUGAAAACAGUUUUGAGUCCAAUACUCAAACUGGGAUAAACAUCUCCACUUGAAAGGCUUGUCAGAGAAGGACCGUCUUUGAAAGGCGCCAAAAGGACAACAGGAGAUGGUGUCUGCCUGAUUUGUAACUGGAGGCAGUUCCAAUUUCACUUCCCCCCUUGGUUUUCCCUAAGGCCCAUGACACAUACAAAAACAUUGCCGUUGUUCCAUGUUCUGCAGCAAGUAAAAAUGAAUGGAGGAUGUGCGAACGUCUUGUGUGCUCCAGCACAUUGGUAGAGCACAUACUUUGCAUGUGUGAAGCUCCCAGAUUCAUGAUGAGUAAAGAGCAUUGCGUGGCGAGGCUCUGGGCCCCGCAGUUCCCUUAGACAAUUAACACAAGGACACAAAUAUUUAGGUCAGGCAUAGGCAAACUUGGCCCUCCAGAUGUUUUGGGACUACAACUCCCGUCAUCCCUAGCUAACAGGACCAGUGGUCAGGGAUGAUGUGAGUUGUAGUCCCAAAACAUCUGGAGGGCCGAGUUUGCCUAUGCCUGUAAAGUUUAGGUUAAUGGGAUAAACUAGGCCACAAAUUUACUGGUUACAGAUGUGAGCAGUUUGGCUUAGGCAUUGGGUGAAACUGGACUAUAUCCUGACUCCUGCCCAUCUGCAAGGAGUCUCAUAAGGGUAAACCACCGGUAGGGAGAGCCCUAUGAUAUACAUCAAAUCGGGGCACCCCCAGGGUACCUGAUGGGGUCAUGCUAAGGCCCUAGCCCAUGCCCAGGCUUUGGACAGGAACCAUGCCCCCUGGAUACCCUUAACGAGGAGGGGCAGGCAGAGGCAACAACCUCCCCUCCCAUAAACAAGGUUUACAAAGUAGGUGAAAACCAAAUGGCUGGUGCCAGUUUGCCAAGUGGAAAAAAUUCCUACCUGGCCCCAACAAUAUGGCGGCCGACCUUAGUCCAUAGCAAGGCCACUGUCAAGCAACGCAUGAAAAGAGGGCAGGUGGGCUGGGAGAUCCAGCGAGGAGGCGAAAGGAGGUCACCCCCCAGCCGUGCCGCUGUUUAAAUGGCUAGCGGCCAUGCCCCCCAGCUACUGCAAUUGGUCAGCCGGUGGGGUGAUGAGGCCAGGGGUCCCUAUGAUGCAGGUGGCAUCCCUCCACCCACAGCUGGGUCACUGGGAGGUCCUGGUUCCCCUCAAUGCCACCCCCCGGGAAGGGGAGUGGACUUGCAGAACAAUCUCCUGGUUAGCUUUUCCGGGACUAGUGGAGAUACGCCGCUGCCAAUUGUUUAACAAUGGUUUGGAGCCAAUUUCAGACUAUGGGUUAAAUGUGACCAGGAGCCCUAGUUAGCCAUAACCAUCGUUAAUAUUGCUGUUAAGGCCAUCAGGGAGGGGUGCGUGAAGGGGAAACAGGAAUUGAUCCUGCAUCUUGCUGUCAACUGCAUUAAGAAAUUGGCAAGGUUAGAUCUACGCUGGCCUAAACGUGGAGCAAAAUGAAUUCUUCUACAAUGCAGUUGACAGCUCGUAAGCCCAUUACUCUUACAGCACGUAACCGAACAAUUCCACGGGGAGUGAUUGUUACUGGUUAAAUAUACUGUGGCAACAACAGCAGAAAAAACAAACUUCCUUUACCGCCUUAUUCGAAAGAAAAAUAUUGAUGUUGUUGAGGGCCGUGCCUUGUUUAUCAAGUCUGUGCUAUGUGAACACUGAAUAAACACGAUGUCAACUCUUUGCAGGAAGAAAACGAAAUCCCGGCCAGCGUGUUUGUGAAAGAGCCUGUUCCCAGUAUUACUGACGGGAAGGAAGAGCCUGUUGAUGAGAACAAAACUUUGGAGGAAACCUUGCACACUGUAGAGCUUUCCUCAGAGGAUGAAGCACCCCAUGAUGAAGAGGGGGCAGACGAUAGCAUGGAUGAAAAAAUCGGGGAGACGAGAGCUGAGAAAAUCAAGAGGUCCAGCCUCAAGAAGGUGGAUAGCCUGAAGAAAGCGUUUUCCCGCCAAAAUAUCGAGAAGAAGAUGAACAAGUUCAGCACCAAGAUCGUCUCUCAUGAGAGGAGGGAGAAGAUUAAGAAGUCUCUCACCCCUAACCACCAAAAGUCCUCCUCAUCAAAAAGCUCAUCUUUCAAGGUCUCUCCCCUCACGUUCAACGUGAAGAAAGUUCGGGAUGGAGAUCCCUCUGCAGAAACGGAAGACAAGCCGGCAGAGGCUACCGGCAGUGAGCACACUGCAAACGAUGAGGAGACAUCCUUCACCGAGAUUCACUCCGACCUGGCCUCUCCCAGUUCUCUGGCGGAGGAAGGGAAAGCCUUUGCUGACUCCCUGGAAAGAGAAAAUGGGAGUGAAGGAGAUGCUGUGGUCAACAACAACAUCGAGCUCGCCAUCGUUGAAGAAGGAGAUGACUAUAGGGCUUCGCUCGAAAUCAGGCAGGAACUCUACGAUGAAAGGAGCAAACCGACCAGUGGGGAAAUGGAGCACUCUGAUGAAGAAUCAAGCCAGGCUGCUGUCCUCCACGUCAACCAAACUGCAUAAAUCGUCUGAGCCGCCUUUUAUGUUUCUAUGCGCAUUUUUUUUGUAGUUACAUCAGUAAAACAGGGCUGUUACACAAUAAACAAGGAGCAACAGUAACCUAAGGUGGAGUGGUUCUUUUUUGGACAGUUAGGUUUCCACAAAAGGCUAAUUUCAUACACUUAGACGGGAAAUGAGGUAAUUUAAAGGCAACUGCUGCAUUUUGAAGUCCAUUCCAACCUCUCUUGCACACAUCUAUUGGUUAUCGAUUUCAAAUUGCUGCAAUCAAUUGCAGGUGGAGAUGUACUUAAAUGAACCGGUUUAAAAGCAGCACUACCCUACAAAUUGAAUCAGGCUAAUAUCUGUUUCACUUCCACCCAAAGAAUCUGGGAAUUGUAGUUCAGUGAGGGUGCUGAGAAGUGUCAGAGAUUUUUCCCCUAAGGAAACUUCUACUCCCAGGACAAAAAAAGGGGAGGCUAUUAAACCUUUUGUUUGGGGGGGGGGGUCUUCCAUGUAGGCACAAUUUUCGUUGGUGAAAAGCUCUCCUAAGUGCUAAGUUCAUUCAAAUGCAUUCCCCAGUAUUUUUUCCUAGCCGUGCGCUGCUUGGGGAAAGCGAGUUUACACUGCAGAGGACGAGAGCUGCCUUCCACUUUGCUUGCUGUGCCCUUUUGUCCACAGAACUGCUGACUGGGAGAGUGUGCUUGUAUUGCCUUCUUUGUGAGUUAAUGAAGUGUGUGUUUGUGUGUGUGUGUCCCCGCUCGCUGUUUUUAAGCUGCGAACUGUGGGUGGUAAGCUGUGGGGAAGGGCUCUCGCUCUGUGACAGAGAGCACAUGUUCUCCGGGUUCAAUCCUGUCUGAAACCCUGGAGAGCCACUAGCGGUCAAUGUAGGCACACACAUAGCACACAUACAAGGAGACACACAGUCCCACGGCCUCCCCUCUUCAGCUGAUCUUAUUGCUCCCUCUCUGCUCAUCUGAUGGCCGCUCUGAUGACCAGGUAGGAGGCAAUUCGUUUCCUCAUCAGGGUGCUGGGCUCCUCCAGUGUGGUGUAGUGGUUCAGAGCGGUGGGCUCGUAAUCUGGUGAACCGGGUUCGCUUCCCCGCUCCUCCACAUGCAGCUGCUGGGUGACCUUGGGCUAGUCACAUUUCUCUGAAGUGUCUCAGCCUCACUCACCUCACAGAGUGUUUGUUGUGGGGGAGGAAGGGAAAGGAGAUUGUUAGCAGCUUUGAGACUCCUUAGGGUAGUGAUAAAUCAGGAUAUCAAAUCCAAACUCCUCCUCCUCCUCCUCCUCCAACCCCAGCACUUUUUAAUUUUCUUUUGGCUAAUGCCACAACCCAAACUAGUAGGGUUUUGGAAGGUGGCAGAAUCAGGUUCCAUUAUUUAGGGAUUGCCCCUGAUGCUAGCAAUACUGAAGAGUUGGACCAGCGGUCUGAUUCUGUAUAAAGCCGUUUCCUCUGUGUGUUUUUCCUCCCUAUAGUAGUGUUUGUGCAGUUUCCACCUAUUUCCCCUCCCUAUAAAGUACUUCAGUUUGUUUCCUCAUGUUAAUAUUUGAUGCGACUGAGCUACCAGGAUGCAACACAUUUUUAUUUUUAUUUUGUGUUGACCUUGUACAAGUUGAGGUGGUUUUUUAAAAAAAGGAUUCCCAUGUGGUGGUUUUGCCACAUCGAAAAGUAAUAUGGGAAAUAGGCAUUUCAGGGUGUUGAGGAACUUUGGGUUCCCUUCCAACUCUACGAUUCUAUGAGAAUUGAAUCUUUGCUGCUUUACUGUUAGUAACUACUGAGACAGAAUAGUUGGGCUGUUAACAUGAUCAACGCCAUAAUUGUCUUUGAGUUCAUUACUCUUGAGAAUUUCAUUUGAUCCGCCCCUGUUCUGCUCAGGGGAGAAAAAAUAUCUAGCAUUCCUACAGCAACAGUGCAAGUCUUGACGUGUCUACUCAGAAGUAAGUCCCAUUGAGUUCAGUAGCGCUUAAGCAGGUAUAGCAUUGCAGCCCUGGUAUAUUAGUUGAAUGUAAUGGCAGAUGAUGUAAUAAGCAUAUAUUCCAUGGAUCUCCCCCUCUAUGGAAAAUGGUGUCUUGGCCUGGUGAGAUGACACAUUUUUUGCACAUAAACCCAUGGACAUCUGCAAGAUACAUGUCUUACCUGAAGGGACGGGUGGGGAACCCCUUUUCAGCUACCUUCCAUAUGCAAAAGUGAGUGGAGCAAAAAAAAAAUAUUUAAAUUUUAUCUCAGUACACAUACUCACCCUCUCAGCCCAUCAUCCAGACCAGCAUGAUGGAAUGAGAUCAAGGCCUCAUUCCGUUCAGGCCAAAAGCACUUGAGAGGGUGCAGAGGAGAACCAGUGAGGGGUGUGUCCUGGCAGGAGGUUCCCUUAAACCUUAGGCAGACCGCACUGGUCGGUUUAGGAUGAAGCACCCUGUGUAAAGUACAGUGGGAAUAAGAUCUUGCUCUUGUAUAUUUUGACUCCUUAGGAUUAUUUAGACAGGGGGGAGGGAUGCUGUUCCUGGGCACACCUAUCUGUUGGGGAAGUUGUACUCCUUUGUAUUUUGUUCACGUUCCACAGGAGAGCUACCACAUGUUGGACCAGGCGAUAUUUAAGAGGUGAGGCAUGAUCAUGAAAACAAACUGGUUUUAUGUGUAAGCUUAGCAAUGUCUACAUAUGUUCCCUAGUUAAUUUGACUUCCUUUGUUCCAAGUAUGCUGAUUCAGUAACGAAUGUAUAUACGCAUAUAUAUAUAUAUUAUUAUUAUUAUUUUGUUCUAUGUUAAGAGAGAACUGUUGUUAUUAUUAAAAGAUGCUAUUUGCUUAAUGCAAUCUACUACGUCGAAAUGGCAAAAGGGAGAGGUAGGACUGUAAUCGUGGAAAUAGAUAAUGAAACAGAUUCAUAUAUAUAUAUAUGGACCCAACUACUGUAUCGCUGAGUGCAAUGUGAGGGACAGAUCGCCAUGUUGCAAUAUAAUCUGAUAAAAAGAAAGAGAGCACAUGAUGGGGGGAAAUGGAGGCUAGUCAGAUACAAACUAGACUUAUGAAGAACACACUUAAGUAGUACACAUGAACCAUUCUGGAAAUAUAUAUAUUUUCAUUCUACACCUGCACCAGAUGACAAGCAAGGGUAUUUUGAAAACUUCGCCAAUAUAUUAUUUUUUUUAUGUGUGUGUGUGUACAGGAGAUGGCCACAUUCCAGCCCAAAAUGACAUGUACCUUAACCCCCUUGAUUUUCGUGGGACUUGCGUAUGCGUAGCUGCAUUGGCCAUCGUCCAAAAUAUGCAGAUUGUUGGAAAACAUGGGGAAAUGAUGACCUCCACACAUGUGGCAAAUGUCCAACAGGAUGGACUAACCCCAGUGAAUGCUGAUAAGGGCCAUUAAGUAGCAGUCUAGUGAAUUUAGACCAUCUUCAUAUUUUUGGACGUGAGCCAAAUGCAUGAGGGAUUGUCAACACGCCCUUGCCAUUUUUGAAAGUUCCUAGAUUUUGAACGUUCACUGUGAUGUGUAAGAUUUGUCUUCAGAUGGAAAUAUAUGAUUCUUUAAAAGUGGGUGGAAUGUUUUCUUUUUCCGCGGGUGAUGUCAAAAGAUGUUACAUUUUGUUGCGUGUGUUGUUUUGUGUAUUGUGUGAAAUGAGAUAUAAAUGGCAAUGAACACGACCCACCAGGGAAUUUUCUCUGUUCAGGCUCAAUGUUAAUACCGUUGUGGAGAUACAUCUGCAAUCUUUUGCAUCUUGAAGUAUGCACUGGACUUCACAAUGAUACCGCGUUUGAAUUUCCUGCAAACGUUACGCUUUUCAACCAAAAUCUGGACAUCUUCAGAAACGAAACUGCAUUCCUCUUGCACCUUAUUUUCAAAUCCUCCAUUCCACUUUACAAUCACAAACGUAAACUAGCAGUCAACCUACUAGUGCCUGACAAUUGUAUUUUGUUUUAUAUGCAAUCUUCCCCCUUCCCCUUUUAAUACUGAUAAGUCUGCUUUUACAUAAUAUUGCACUAAAGCAUUGCGCUUUUUUUGGAAAGAUAUUAUUUAGAAAUACAAAUUAAAGAAGUCUAAGAAAAUCUAUUGAUGGCAGUGAGCUAUUCCAUGUGGGGAGCUUCGCGCAAUCAUUUUAAGUGUCACUGGAUGUUUGAUCAGAGUUGAUUUUUUGAGCAGGGCUAGAGAUGGUUAAACUUUUUUUAAAAAAAAUCAAUAUUACGAGAGAGUUGCAAUCAGUAGAUAUAACUGUGAUAUUAUCCACACAGAUUCAUCUUAUUUUGAAUUAACAACAAUGCCUGUUACUAACCACAGUUGUGAUUAAGUAAAUAAAAAUCAAGUUGCAUUAAAU